UAAUUAUCAGUGAGACUUGCUACAGUUGUAGGCGGUUUAAAGGGCUCAGUGAGAGCUCCGAAGUAUUCUGAUCGUGCAUUCCAUCGUAGUACGAGGUUUAUAGCCUUAACUAAAGAGGUCAGUUCUAGCUGAACUACAACUCCCGGCAUGCAUUUUUGUUAGAAGCUGUGUUUCGUCAUUUGUGGGAGGUAUUUAAAAACGGCUUCUAGGAGGAAGCAGGCUGCUCAUGGCAAAAAAGUGUUAAUUCCUGUAGUUGCUAAUUAUGGAGUCGGCAAUGAAACAUCGCGCCCUGUAUAAGGGCACUACACCUCCAUGGAAAGAGACUUACAGAAAGGUGCCUGAAUGCGUGUUUAUUUCUUAUUGAAAGAUAAUUUAUUGGCAGUCAUGAGGUGUCAUUUUUUUUGUGCUAUUAAUUAUGGAGUGGAUUAUUAGUUACAUGCGUUUGCUGCCCCUGAUUUAGGGAUUGUCUUAUCACGGGUGCUAUGUUUACAUGGUUAUAUAAUUCCGCUUUAACUUGUGUUUUUCAUGUGCUGCUCCUCUGUUGCUGUAUAAGAAACAUUUGGAAAUUAACAUAACAAUUCAGUCGAGGCACACAUAAGAGGAGCCGUGGAAAGCAUUGGAGAGAUUUAUCCCAAGUGUUCUGUUCUGAGAAGUGGUGCAAAGGUCACCAAGAGUGACAGUUACCAUGGAAACAGUGCAGGCACAUUCUAUUGGCGACUUCCCCUUUUUUAAAUUUUUUUUUUUUAAAUUUUUUUUUCCCCCUCCACUUUUCAGUACACAAAUCAUUGAUACAUUUUUCACAAUGUUAGUUUCUGUGCCUCUUACUGAUGGACAUGAGCAGAGCUUUGUAUAAUUCCAACCUGGCUGUAAGACUCGAUCAUCAGCUGUACCUAUUCCCUUUAUACUGUGUCAGGUGUUUGGUAUACAAGUGUAUUUUGUGUUUUCAGUUCUUUCAACUUAUUUAUGUUUUAUUGGGUUUUGCUUCAUCCUUUUAUUUAAUUUUCCCUUAGAGAUGUGUUGAAAGGCUGAAAAGUAACCGCUCUAAGCUCCUGGACAAGUUUCGACAGGUGGGGGAUCGGCUGCAUUCUGGCACUGGUAACUCCUUGCUAGUGGAAGAAGUGAUGGAAGAAGAGUGGGCAGCUAUGCAAUCUGAUCACAAAGGAUUUCCUUCCCUCUGGAACAACGGCACGUUUUCCCAGGUGACUCCGUUACGUGUAGAACAUUGAUUUUGGGGGUUUAUCAACGUAGUUAAAGGAGCACUAACUUUGGGAAUACAGACAUGUAUUCCAAAUAUUAUUUUCCUAACCGUUUGUUUAGAUUUAUGGAAUGCCCUUAAAUAGUUAAUGUUUUACUCUAACUUUAGUCCCCUGGCACACCUGUCUCAGAGUUCUGGGGGGAAAAAAUGCAGGGCUACAUUAGGAAGGCCCACUAGAGAAAACCUUACAACCCAGAAUAAACUCUGCCUUUCCUCAGAAAAAGUAGUGUUUGUAUUGCUCAGCCUGCAGCUAUACGUUGGAUGUAAAGGGCCGCUCCAGCACCAUAACUUCAACUCUGGUGUUGUCGUCUUUAUCUUCACCCUCUUUUUCUAAAUAGUGUGUUAGUUAUAGACUGACAGUGCCAACUGAUGCUCUCAGCGUAUUGGCGGUCCCUGGUCCAAGGCUUCCUGAUUAAAGCAUUAAACCUGCAUAGGAAGUGAAGAGGCAGAGCAAUUGGGAUUUGUGUUCCCACAGGGCAUGUGUCAUCAGGGUCCAUUGUCCCGAGAUUGUAAUGUCUAAUGAAGGUGAGGGCCACACCGGCACUAUCAUAUUAUGCCUUACCACAGACUGAGCUCAGAGUGGCCACUGAGGCUGACUGGGAGAUGGAGGGAGACUGUCUAAGCACUAGGCCAAGAGUUACCAGGAAGGGAAUGAUUACUGAGACACUCAAACAAUUGCCAGGAGCCCCACCAAACUUUGCCAUAAAUAACUGACCACUCCUGCAACUAGAUUUAGUCUAAGGCACAGAAAGGGGUUCUUAACAGUAAGAACAAUAGAUGUGGAGUUCUCUAGCUGAAGAGGCUUGAUAAAGGCUCUGUACUGGAACCAAAAUAUUGCUGUGUCUUGUUCCCUAAAUAAAGACUGCCUUUAUGGGAAACUACUCAGUGUGCCUAGGGUCUCUUCUAUUGAAAAUGUAUUUUUUUUAUCAGAGUAUGUACAGAUGUUUAAACUGUGACUGGAUGAAUUUUUGCAAAAAGCAUAAUAUUCAGUAUAGACCUGACCUUUUUUUCAACCUAACUGGUGAAUUUACAGAAAUAUUAUGUCAAUAACACAUUACCUCUACUUAUUGUACUCCACCCUUUUACAACCCAUUUUACCAUGUCAUGUGAUAUUCCCCUAACCUUGUCACAUAAUUUCACCCUCCAUUUCUCAUGUGCCUACCAAACUGGCACAUCCUCCUCACACUGUCAAAAAAAAAAUUUAUAGGGACCCUUCAGGCACCAAAACAAUUUAAUUUUAUUUGAAGUUGUUUUGGUGCCAGGAGGCCCCUGCAAGCACUCUUGCCUUAAGGGGUUAAACUGUUCAAGAACAGUUUAACCCUUAAAGUGCCUCCAGCGCUGGUCUCCACUCCUCACUUGGCAGCAUCUGACUUCAGAAUUUUCGCGUGGAGGCGCACCAAUGAUUGGUUGAGUGCGGUCAGCUUACGCUGUCCACAAACAAACAUACAAGAUCCAGUGCGCUCAUUCACUAAACAGCAAUUCCAAGCCUCAAAGAAUGUAAAAUAGUAAUAUAUAUUAUAAACACCUCACCUAGGCAGAAAUAAUGGGGGUUUAGUUACAGCUUAUGAUCAAACAUUGCAGUACCCUGUUCUUGGCAGGUCCUACUCUAGCAACCUAAUGUCUGAUCUUGUGAGAUUCACGACUUGGGAAGUGCUUCAUCCUGGGACUCUGCAGUGCAAGGUUAAAUUUGGCACUGGAAUGAGGCACCUGUGACAGAGGGGUGCAAAACCAGGGAGAUGCCUAGGAGGUGCUUUCCGCCAAUCAAUGAUUUCCCAUUCCCAACUAACUUGCAAAGAAACAUACCUUUUGCAAGUCAGUUUUGUGAAUGAGGAGCCACUGAUUGGCUGACUGUGUUAGUCAAGCUCAACAAAUCAGCUGCAACUUUGAGACUUCACAUACUGUAGGUGGGUACCAAUGGAGCUGUGAUCUUUCUGCUCUGCUUAGUGGUGCUGGAAUAUGACAUCACUCCAGCCUCUGCCUCACUAAGCUGUGCGCAAGAGGGAGCAGAGAGAGCACAGCUCCCUCACCACCUGCUUACAGUAUACGCAGCCUCCACUUUUUUGCCCCCUGGACUCCAGGGAAAUCCAAUCCAUUCCAGCUGUCCCAAAGAUAGGGAGGCUAGGUGGAAUAAAAUGUAAUUAAAAUAAAACAUUUGUGAAUGUCUUUCAGGGAGUGUUUAGGUGACCAGCCCCCCUACGAUCGAAUUGGGAAUGGUGUUUUUUUUUACAAAUUAUAACUUUUUAUUUUUUUUAGGCUCUUGGCAUUCUUACAGACCCUGAUGAAUUGGCAACUUUAGAGGAAAUUAAAAGAGAACUCCGUGUGGAAGGUAAUGCAUGGUUUUCACCAAUGUGAACAUAAGCAAUAAACCUAGCAUUCUACCUAUCUGACAUAUUGGUAGGCCGCUUUACUAAUGAGGACAUAAAGGGGUGUACCAGCAACAGAGGCUGUGUCCAACUCUGCACCAUGCUUUGUAGCAUACUGUCACUGACCAUAUAUCUCCGCAAUAUGUCUGGGGCAGCCUCAAAGCGAAUAGCUGGACUAGAUCACUCAGAGCAUCCAGCAAUGCCUUAAAGCAUGCUUCCCCAAACUCCAGCCCUCCAGAUGUUGCUGAACUAAAACUGCCUUGUUUCUAUGAAUGAAAUAGGCUGAGAAUCAUGGGAGUUGUAGUUCAGCAACAUCUGGAGGGCUGGAAUUAGGGGAAGCCUGCCUUAAAGGAACCAUAUAGGUUUUGUUUAUGUGGGGUUUUUUUUUUUUUUCUCAUACAUACAACUUGUUCGUAUAGUAUUGUCACCCUAGACAUGUCUGUUAAUCGUUCAAUGCUGGAUUUUAUAAAAACAUGCAAUAUUCCAUUUAUCUACCAUCUUUAUUCAAUUUGAAUGUAGUACAUGCAAAUGACUUAACCUGCACUUGUUCUUUAUCCUGGCUUCCCUUGCAGAACAAGCAAUGAUUGAGGAAAUUGAAAACAUCCUUCAGUUUGAGGAAGAAUGUCUUGAUUCUGUAGUUGGGCUAAAUGUGUCAAACCAGAUAGUGUGUCCUGUAUGUAACCGGUAAGUGACGUUUUACUUUUAUUUAUUUAUUUUAAUUAUAUUUUACGGUUUGCCUUUGCUUUUUGGAAUACCUUGUUUGCUUUAUUUCUAUGUGGAGAAAAUAAACUGUUUGAAACAAAUCAAAGCGCUUAAUUUGCACUUGGAGUUGCCCCCAGCACUGUGACCGCAUCAGUAUUAUUAUUAUUAUUAUUAUUAUUAUUAUUAUUAUUAUUAUUAUUAUCAUCAUCACAUAUAUCGCGCCAACAGAUUCUGUAGUGCUUUACAAUAUUUGAAGUGGUCAUGGUGCCUGGAGUUUGUAUGUGCAACGUUUACAGAUGAAAUGCUGUACCUUACUACCUUCGGGAGGUGUAACUCCAACCAAGGCAGUCAUUGAGUUAUCAGUAGCCAGCCCGGAAGAAGAUAUCCAGGCUGGCUAACUUCAGAUCUCCAGUAUGCACAGAAUUGACAUCAGCAUGCUGGUGACAGGUGUCCAGUGGUAGCACAGUAUACCUGCCUCCCAUGUUAUCUCCUCUGCCUCAUUCUUCCUAUAUCGGUGGAGGAGGAUUGGUCUGAGGAGCAGUUGUCCGCCCUGGAACAGAGGUCAUUUUAAUCUUUAGUUUGCUGUGUUGUGUAUGUGUGGUGCUUUUUUUUACUUUUAUUUGUUUAAAUUUUUUUUUUUAUUAUUAUAAAUUUACAAAAAUUUAGUUUUUCAUUAACUUCAUAAAAAUAUACUGAAAAACAUAAAUUUUAUAAUUGUGUUAAAUUUGAACAAAGUUAGUAAGAAGUAUGUGAGUAGUAGAGCAACCAAAGAAGAAACAAGAAUAUAUAGAAAAACAAAUCCCAACACACAAAUUGCCUUACUUGACGGACCUAUAUAAUUGCGUCAUCCAGAGUUAAUUUGCUUGAAAUUGGAAUACAAUUACAUGCUAACAAGGGAGAUGGUUUAUCGAAUGAUUCUACUUAUUAUAUAUUGUCUAUUGAGUGGAAUCAAAAUUCAGAGCACGGGUUGUACAGUUUUCCGUGGCAAUCAUCCCCAUGGUUACCGCAUCUAAGAUGUGAUACAGUGAUUGUGGUGCAAACCAAAACAUGUGAAAGAUGAGGAAUUUGCUAUCAUACAAAUUAAUAAGUGAUAGAAAAGAGAGAUGUCUCUCUUUAUCCUCAUCCUUUUGUAGUGCCUGGUGCUGGUUGUGGCAAAGGUAGAUCUGGGUGUAGAAUAAUCGCACUCCUGCGACUUGGUUGAAGUGGUAAAAUGUAGCUUUUAUCUGUUCCAUAUAAAAUAUCAACGUUUCAGAAUCUAACCAUGCACAUUUUGACACCAAGGAGCAUAUUGAUGCAUAGAUAUUUUGUAGAUUUGUCUAUAAUUCCCUUAAAGGAAAGAUUGGAUAGUUAACUGGUCACCUGUAACCCUUUAAGUUUUGUUGGCGCCAAAACUUUUUAUUUUGACACUAAAUACCAGUAUUAAUGUUUUGCAGACAUAACCUGACUGUAACCAGCUGUUUUAUUGUAUGUCAGUGUGGAGUGCAUAUUAACACACAAGUAAGUAUCCUUUUUUUUUUAUACUUUAUUCCUAAAUAGUUCACUUGUCACAGUUUGUGCAUGAUAGAUCAUGUCAAGCAUCACAUAUCUGACAAAUUUUCAUGCAGGACAUUAUUUUCAGUCCCAAGGUAUGAGCAUAGAAAAACUGCGUUCCCUACUGGAAACCAAUCUAACUGCACACGGAUAUAAUUGCUGUCAUCAUCCAGUGUUUUCUGUUGUCACCGGCAUGGAAGGAAUACCCAGUCUUUUUAUGAGUUGCCAUGUAAGUUUUCAGGGGGAUGGUGUGAGGGUUGUGUGUGGGGGUUUUUUUUUUUUUUUGUUUUUUUUUGGGAACGGGGGGGGAGAAAGAAACAGGCUAUAAAUUUGUGCAUAUUUAUGAUCCUUUUAAUGCAGAAAUUUUAUCCUCUUAUCCUUGACUUCAUUAAAACAUUUUUAUUUUUAUUUUUUUCUCUUUAAGGUGUGUGAUGCAAUGACAAUUGUAGUGUAAUGGGAUUAGAAGAAGUAACAUUUUUGCACAUGUUCAACAUAAGUUUGUGAUUUUCUUACUCUUUGCUCUGUCAUUUCAAUGUAAAUACUUUUUUUUAAAUUAUUUAAAUAAAGAUUAAUUUAUA